UACACCAGGGAAUAAUGCAACAGUAAAUGCUACAACACUACCACUAACUACACCAGGUAGCAAUGCAACAGUAAACAUUUCCACCACACCCAUGACUACACCAGGGAAUAAUGCAACAGUAAAUGCUACAACACCACCACUAACUACACCAGGUAGCAAUGCAACAGUAAACAUUUCCACCACACCCAUGACUACACCAGGGAAUAAUGCAACAGUAAAUGCUACAACACCACCACUAACUACACCAGGUAGCAAUGCAACAGUAAACAUUUCCACCACACCUAUGACUACAUCAGGGAAUAAUGCAACAGUAAAUGCUACAACACCACCCAUGACUACACCAGGUAGCAAUGCAACAGUAAACAGUACCACCACACCCAUGACUACACCAGGGAAUAAUGCAACAGUAAAUGCUACAACACCACCCAUGACUACACCAGGUAGCAAUGCAACAGUAAACAGUACCACCACACCCAUGACUACAUCAGGGAAUAAUGCAACAGUAAAUUCUACAACACCACCCAUGACUACACCAGGUAGCAAUGCAACAGUAAACAGUACCACCACACCCAUGACUACACCAGGGAAUAAUGCAACAGUAAAUGCUACAACACCACCACUAACUACACCAGGUAGCAAUGCAACAGUAAACAUUUCCACCACACCCAUGACUACAUCAGGGAAUAAUGCAACAGUAAAUGCUACAACACCACCCAUGACUUCACCAGGUAGCAAUGCAACAGUAAAUUCUACAACACCACCCAUGACUACACCAGGUAGCAAUGCAACAGUAAACAGUACCACCACACCCAUGACUACACCAGGGAAUAAUGCAACAGUAAAUGCUACAACACCACCACUAACUACACCAGGUAGCAAUGCAACAGUAAACAUUUCCACCACACCCAUGACUACAUCAGGGAAUAAUGCAACAGUAAAUGCUACAACACCACCCAUGACUUCACCAGGUAGCAAUGCAACAGUAAACAGUACCACCACACCCAUGACUACACCAGGGAAUAAUGCAACAGUAAAUGCUACAACACCACCCAUGACUACACCAGGUAGCAAUGCAACAGUAAACAUUACCACUCCAUCCAUAACUACACCAGGGAAUAAUGCAACAGUAAAUGCUACAACACCACCACUAACUACACCAGGUAGCAAUGCAACAGUAAACAUUACCAGCACACCCAUGACUACACCAGGGAAUAAUGCAACAGUAAAUGCUACAACACCACUAAUGACUACACCAGGUAGCAAUGCAACAGUAAACAUUACCACACCACCACUAACUACACCAGUAAAUGCUACUACACCACCCACAACUACACCAGAAAACAAUGCAACAGUAAAUGCUACUACACCACCCAUAACUACACCAGGCAACACUACCACACCACCCAUAACUACAUCAGGAAACACUACAACAGGGAAUGCUACCACACCACCUCAGUCUACAACAGGAAAUGUUACCACACCACCCAUUACCAACUCAACGAAUGGACCCAUCGUACCUACUACUAACCCAACUAACCCCACAACCACACCAGCUACCUGUCCUUCCGUGCCCUGCCCACCACUCAGUGUCUGUGUGAACUCCACCUGUCAGUGUCUGACAGGAACUAUUCCUUCAAAUAAUACCUGUGUGGAAACUAAAACCUUCCCUAGUUCACUAAGGGUGAACCGCACAUUUGUAAAUGCUAUGAAUGAUCGCCAAUCAUCUGCAUUCCAGAAUGCAUCUAAUGAAAUCCUAAUUGCGGUAAAUCAAGCUCUGCAUAACCAGCCAAACUACAUUAACAGCGUGGUCCUUAGGUUGACGCCUGGCAGUAUAGUGGCUUCAGUAAACAGUUAUUUUCAGCCUUACUCUUCAGUCACCCAGGAAUCGGUUACAUCGGCUAUAAAUACUGCUAUAAAAACUGCAACAAACUGUGGAACGGCAGACUGUGGCAUUCUUGCUGGUGCUCAAUAUACUGUAAGCAAUCUGUGCGAGCAAGAUCCUGCUCCUUGUGAUCUUGACACUACAGUGUGUGAGACCAAAGAUGGGAUCGCUGUUUGUACCUGCAAACCUGGCCAUGUACCCAGCCUUUACCAGACCAGAAGCUGUAGAGUUUGCCUAAGUGGCUACAAAGCACAGGGAAAUGAUUGUGUUCGAUGUUCAUUUGGCUAUUCUGGUUUCAACUGUGAUGACUCCUCUUUGUUGGCUCUAGUGGUGGUGGCGUGUGUGUUAGGGGGACUUCUGCUCAUUGUGAUUCUGGCUGUUCUCAUCUAUAUCUGUGUGACUCAUAGCAGAAGGAAGUCAAACGACAAUCAUUUCAACAGCCCGUAUCCUGCUGAGGAAUUCCGGGGCACGUGGCCCUCUCAGGACAUCAGCCAUAUUCCUCGUGUCACUCUCACAUCUACUUCCAGCAAUGAUGUCUUUGGCAACAAUCUGGAGAUGGUUGAAGGGCCAGGCAAAAAGGGCCACAGUAAUGGAAUGACGGGCUCGUAUGACCUCAGAACAGAUGGCAUGAGGACUUUUAAGGACCCAAACCCCACACGAUACUCUUAUCUGGUGGGUCAUGAAAACCCCUACUUCAUACAAGGAGAUGAGAAGAGAUGAGGAAAGAAGCAGAAAAGCCAGUGAAUAGUAAGAGGACAAAAAAAAGAGUGCAAUAACAACAUGAAUUAUAAAAAAGGCCUUGGAUCAAACUGUUUCAGGAAAGUUAAUGCUGUCAAAACCAUACAGCUGAUCACAGACUCAAAGUUUGCACACAAACGGCAUUUGAGAGAUACAUUGUUUUUAAUAUUUUACCGUUUUUAUCCUAAAUCCCUCUCACCCAGGAUAAAAUGCUCACUUCCUAAAAGUGCAUUGAUGAUUGGGUUUCUUUUACCACAAGCUUGACUGAUGUGACUUAUGUAUGUCAAUGAGAGAUGAACAUUGAACAACCACUCAUCUGUAUUUCUUGUCAUUUCUUACAAUGUUUUAUCUGCACAAUUUAUAUCAUGUUCAGUGUUUUGUUGUCUGUCAGAGGUCAUGCAUGUUACUGUGGUUUUCAACUCAAAAUACUUUAUUAUAAAGGAUUUAAUUUUGAACCACACUUCGGCAUAUUUAUAUUUCAUUUUUCUUAUCUGUGGAAGCAAUAAAUGGCGGAAUAUACAGUGUAAUCCAGUAGUUCUGAUUGCAUCUAAUCUAUAUUCUGAUACAGUAAGAGAGCAUGUCAUGUGUCUAUGUUGUGUUUGUGUUUUAAGUUAUAUGAUGCUAUAUGAAAGCAUUAAUUUAUUUUAUGCCAGGAUAAUGCAUGCCACCAGAAAUUGAUCUCUGUGCCUGACUCUGAUGUUGUCUUUUGAAUAGGAGACUUAUGCAAUGAAGAGGAGUUCUUAACCAUGUCUCCUCUGUAGUCGUGCCAAUAAUCAUAUUUAUUUAAAUCAGAACAUGACGUUGUUGUUUACUCAACCAUCUGUUUGCGUCAUAUAUAUAUAUACUUAUUUAUGUGUCACUGGGAUAUUUUCUAUCUGUACAUAAAGCUUUUGUAAAGAAAUGCUCUGGGGACAAAUUGGUUCAUCUUGUUCUGUAUAUUGAAAGGAAAUAAAUUAAUAUAAAGAUGUAGUUAUCUAA